UCAGUGAGACCUUAACAGAUAGUACAGUACUGGAUGCUUAGUAUAAUGUUGUGCAACACUGUGUGUGGAAGCACUUUUCCUAAUUUCUGUAGCCAGAAAUUAAGAUGGUCUAACAUUCAGAUGAUGUGGUCCUUUGCUCGGAACCAGCAUAGUGGUACUUCCACUGUCACUGGUGAACUGGUCCUGCCCUCUCGACGGAGAAACCAUGUCAAGUCAUAUGAUGAGAUACCUGGAAACUGGAAAAAUGGCUGGAUGAAUCUCUAUCACUUCCUUAAAAAGGAUGGUGUUCAUAACAUACAUGAGAUCAUGAUCCAAAAUUUUAACAAGUUCGGUCCCAUCUACAGGGAAAAGAUUGGAUAUUACAACAGUAUAAAUAUUAUUAACCCUGAAGAUGCUGCAACCUUGUUUUCUGUUGAGGGAAUGUUUCCAGAAAGGUUACGCGUAAAAGCUUGGCUGGCCUAUCGGGACCACAGAAACAAGAAAUAUGGGGUACUACUCAAGAAAGGAGAAGACUGGAGACUGUCACGCCUGGUCUUAAAUGCAGAAGUACUUUCUCUCAAGGCAGUGGAGAGGUUUCUGCCUCUCUUAGAUGAAGUUGGAAAGGACUUUGUAUCAAGAGUUUACAAGAAGACUGAAACAGCAGGACAUGGAAAGUGGACAGUAGAUCUCUCCAAUGAACUGUUUCGAUUUGCAAUGGAAUCUGUUUGCUACGUGUUGUAUGGAGAACGUUUAGGGCUGCUACAGGAUCACAUAGACCCUGCUGCACAGAAAUUCAUUGAUUCUGUUACACUGAUGUUCAAAACCACAUCUCCAAUGCUUUACAUUCCACCUGAGAUCCUCAAGAGAAUGAAUUCUAAAACAUGGAGAGAUCAUGUGGAAGCCUGGGAUAUUAUUUUUCAACAAGCUGAUAGAUGUAUACAAAAUAUCUACCGGGAGGUACGACUAAAAGAGAAGCAUCCAGACAAGUACCCAGGAAUUCUAGCCAGCCUCCUUCUGCAGGACAAAUUACCUAUUGAUGACAUUACGGCAAGUGUCACAGAACUAAUGGCAGGAGGCGUAGACACGACAUCCAUGUCAAUCUUGUGGACACUGUAUGAACUUGCACAAUAUCCUGCUCUGCAAGAGAAGGUACGGUCUGAAGUAAUUGCAGCUACAAAUGACAAUCCAGAUGACCUAUCAAAGAUGCUAAAGUCAAGUCCACUAUUAAAAGCAUGUAUCAAAGAAACACUAAGGCUCCAUCCAGUGGCUGUGAGUUUGCAAAGGUAUACAACACAGGAUAUUGUUAUCCAGGACUACCUAAUUCCAUCAGGGGCAUUAGUCCAAGUUUGUUUGUAUGCAAUGGGAAGAAGUCCAUCAGUGUUUUCUAAACCUGAGAAAUACAGCCCUGAAAGGUGGAUCAGUAAUGAAAGUAGGUAUUUCCAUCACCUGGCCUUUGGAUUUGGACCACGACAAUGCAUUGGGCGGAGAAUCGCAGAAGCAGAAAUGAUGCUCUUUCUCACUCAUAUACUUAAGAACUUCAGGAUUGAAACCAAUCGUCUGGCUGAUGUAAAGACUACAUUUGACCUUAUCCUGGUCCCAAAGAAGCCAAUAUACUUGACUUUAAAACCACUCUAAGGAAGCGGAAAACAUUCCAACAACCAUGGCAUGUUUUACCCCUGAAAAGAGCAUGAAUUACAUAAGUUAUGUCUGAAUCAUACCAGUAUCAAACUGUUGAGUUAUUUGUAAGUAAAGUAAAUGGCUGUAUCACUGAUAAAGUAUUGACAGAGUAAUAAGAUGAAACAAACUCCACUUAAGAAUGGGACUGUCACAGGUGAAGGCUAGAGAAUUUUUAUAACAUUAAAAUAACUUUCUUUUCUA